AUGACUAAGGGACAGCAAACUUUCCAUCUCUUUGGUAAUCUGCCGGGAGAGUUGCGCUUACUGAUCUGGAAGAACGCCAUAUACGGACAGAAUCGACAUGUCGAAAUUGGAUAUCAGGCAGAGGGCCAGACUGGUAUUAUUGUCAGUCGCGCACCAGUCCCUCCGUUAUUCCUUGUGAACUGGGAGGCCUAUUAUUGGACCAGAUCAUUGUAUUCUCGCUUGAGUCCCGUCAUCGACCGUCAUUCUACGCCGAGUUCUACAGGUCCCCUAAUCUCCUUCGAGAAUGACGUCUUCUUCAUCGCGUACAACAUGCCAGUCCUAAGAACGUCUGAUGGGCCAGCUCACCGGAGACUAUCACUCCUAUUGAGGCAUUAUCAGACUUUGGAUUACGUCAACAAAUGCACCAACGUUCUUCUUCCAUGUGGCUACCGACGUUACGCUCUCAGCAAGGAAUCCUUCUCCAUUACUCAUCGUUCCUUGAGCGGCUCGAUUGGUCGUUUGAGGGUCCCCAAAGUGGAACCAUAUGGAAUACAAGCCCCGUGGGAAAUCAGCGCAGAUGGUUCCUAUAUAACAUUCACCAUAACAGAGGGCGUUGAAACGGGAAAGGAGUUGUAG